AUGAAGGAAGUUUGUGUAGGUUGUGAAUGGAACGCUGCUUCACAAUACAAGAUUUAUGAUCAAAAUGUAAAUCAAAACCAAUUGAAACGUCUGAAAACAUCAAUAGAAGGAAAAAACUGCCAGAGGAAACACCAACAGUCACUUGAACAAACGUUUGCUUGCAGCAUAAAUAAUUCAAUAGAACGAUCUCUUCCUUAUCUCAACAAUUUACGGUAUUUGAAGCAGAAAAAUGUGCAGAAAGAAAAACUUCACUUGAAAUUCACAUUAGAAAAAGUAUUGCAAGCUGUAUUCACUUUAUGGUCAAGUUUAUUUAGAGAAAAAAAGGAAAGAGAAAAAGUUUUAUUUUUGACUUUAAAACCAACCUGA